AUGUGUCCUCUGCGCUACAUCCUGCUCCUCGUCUCGAUCCUUAUCGCGUGCAUCGGGCUCUCGCAGGCCGCGCUCGAGUCGGACGACGACUACUCCUUGAAGAAGAAGAAGACGGACGACGAGGACGAAACCGUCGUGGACAUGCUCACAGGCCGGUACCUCCUCAACGCCUACUACGGCCGGACCCUCGCCGCCAACUAA